AUGGUAAACUUCUCGAUACACCAACCCCAAUGCCGUGCGAAAAACAAUCUGCCCACUCCUGACUCGAACGGCCCUACCCGUGAGGCCAUUAACAUUCAAAGCCAGACCCCAUCAGAAGAACCGAUCUCACCAAGCGUAACAACACAAACAGCCUCACGACCCCGCCGAGCCUACAACCGUCGCAUACCGUGUACAGAAGCAACAGGAUUCGAGGAGAAUGAACUCCCUGCACGGAUCGCAUACGACCAAAGACUGAAAUGGCACUUUAUCUGCAACUUCAACAUCGAGAACAUCAAGCCUGUGAUUCUCGAGAGCUACCCAAAUAUCACAAUCCCAUCAGCACAGUGGACGUCUGCUCUGAACUUAGCAAAGGACAAUGUUAAGAACUGGAAGACAACCACCCUCAGGAAGAUGAAGGAAAGGGUUGCCUAUAUUAUGGACAAGUCUGCCGCAGAGGACGCUAUUCCUAUUACAGACUGCGAAGACGAAGAGAAGCUUAGCCAAUACUUCUACAAGACCUUCAACGAAGAGGAUUUCUAUUACUGCUUUUCUUGGGUAUAUGAUAUCCUUGAUCUUGAGAAAUCCCCCGAACAAGGGCGCUCCUUCAUUCGAAACAUCUGGGCCAACCUCGCUACCAAGGUGAAGAUCUGGACUGACUGCAUUCGUUCAACUGGAGAAAAGAACCUUAUGGCCGCCGGAAAAAUGAAUGAAAUCCACACCUUUUGGUUCAAUAUGGCCAAGCACGAUUCUCUUCGAGGUGCUACUAAGGAAAUCUUUACUGAGCGUCCUCCUCGUAUUACUCGACCGAAAAGAAGUGCGCCUCUCGAUCCAGUCCCACAGAUUUACUUCCGAGGACCACCUAUCCGUGACUCUGAUACAUCCUGA